GCAUGAAAGAAUCGGAGUGAAGUUGGUGUGAUUUGGACUGUUGCUGCCCCCCAUUCCUGAAGAACUAGAAAAGAUAGUAGGAUAAGAUAGUGAUGUGCUUAGCAAGACCAUGGUGCCCAAAGUUGUCUCAACAUCAGGCAAGGCAGGAGUCCUGGAUAUUCUGCCAAAAAUGUCCAAUCAUCGUGGAGAGUGCUAUUCUCUAGAGACAGUAUUAUGUCUUGGAUAAUAGAGCUUUGGUUGCCCUGAUAUGGGGACAUGGUGAAGGUUUUUCGUUUUUGUUUUGGUGGUAUCCUGAACCAGCUUCUCAGAACAGCAUUCCAAAGAUAUACCAGAAGGAAAAAUGGUCAAAUAUUCCCAGGUACUAUGGUCACUUUUGUUCUUCAUCAUGCUACAUUUGGUGCUCCUGUCUGUUCCAGGUGCUCGUGUUUGGUGGCCACCACAUGGAGUUAUUAAGAUCAAGUGUCCUUACAAGAAAGUAAACUUGAGCUGGUUUAAUAAAACAGUGGACCCUUGCCCCAACUUAAAGCAGCCCAUCUGUGGCACCAAUUUCGUAACCUAUGAUAAUCCCUGCAUCUUAUGUUUUGAGAGCUUGAAAUCUCAUGGGAGAAUUAGAUUUUAUCAUGAUGGAAGGUGCUAGGUGAGUGAACUUGGAUGUGCAAGAAGAUAUCUUUCACUCCUGUCCAGCACAACCACUUCCUUCUUAUGUGUUAUCCAUCUUUCUGCCUUCCCUUGCAUAGAUUCUUGGUGACAAAGUCCUGCUAGAAGCUGAUGACUCCAGGGUCCUUCUAUGUUUUCCUUGAUAUAUAAACUAUUCUGGCCUGGAAAUGUAGCUCACUUGUAAAUCACCAUCUCACAGGUCGGAGGACUCUGGGAUCAAUCUGACCACUACAAAUAAACAAGCAAACAUGCCUU